AUGGCUACUAGGACAAGCAAUAUUCUCGCGCCAGAGACAUUCAAAAUCCUACAGCCUCGAGAAUAUAUCAGACAACACGUCAUCGCUCAAGGAACAAGACCCGACAAGAGAGCUUGGAAUUCUGUGAGAGACACUACCAUACGCACAGGGGUCGUAUCAACAGCAAACGCAUCAUCACUCGUGAAAAUCGGCGAGACUACAGUCAUUUGUGGCAUCAAGGUUGAAGUAGGAGAACCAAAGUUAGAUAGACCGAAUCAUGGAUUCAUAAUACCAAACAUUGACCUCCCCGCCAUGUGCUCGCCAAGAAUACGGCCUGGUCCUCCUGGUGAACUGCCUCAAUCGCUUAGUGAGCAGAUGAAUCAAGUGUUGCACAGAUGCAAGAUCAUCGAUACCAAAGAUCUAUGUAUAUCAUCAGGAAAUGCAGUGUGGGUGCUGUAUUGUGAUGUUGUGUGUCUUGGAUACGAUGGGAACGCUUUUGAUGCGUCCUUGAUUGCUAUUAUGGCUGCUUUACGACAAGUUCGAGUACCAAACGUACUAUACUCUGAAGCUGAUGGAACCGUCAAGGAAACAUCUAAACCGGUGAUACCUCUCCGGAUUCACAGGAUACCUGUUUCAUUGACUGUUGGCAUAUUUGAAGUGUAUGCCAUCAUGCAAAAGAAUCAUCUUCAAGAAUUAGCUAAUUGCCCAUUACAACAACAUAGGAAACAUUUAUUAGUUGAUCCAACAGACGAUGAAGAGCAAGUCCUGUCUGCUACAGUGACUACAGUGAUAGACGAGAUUGGAAUGAUGUGUGGAAGCUUUCAGGAUGGAGAGCCUGUGCCCCGGAUCUAUGGAUAUAUGAUUUUGGUUGGUUUGGUCUUGGUUGACGCGUCCGUCGAAGUCAUCAACUUCUUGACAUCGCAAAUGCACCAAGUGGCCAGACUCUCAACCAAACUUUCGUGGUCUAUACCAAAGCUCGUUAAUAAGGAUAUAAUCACAUUCGCAAUCCGAAUCAACUCUCAACAAGCAAGAAAGAACUCAACAAUGACAACCGUAACAUUUGGGAGUUUCAGUGCAAGCCCGGCUGGCCACGUCCUGUUGGCUGAAAAGCCAAUUUUCGCUACAUUUGCAACCGCUCUUCCAUCCUCAUUAUCGCUGCCUAGUAAUGUGGUGAAUGCUGCUGUGCAGGCAUCACAGAUUAUUUCUGAAGGAACUGCUGAAACAAUUACCACGUUUGUUGGUGAUUCAAAAGAGAAUCGAGGACAGGUGUCGAUUGGAAGCAUUCCUAUCGAACGAUCUCGCUCGAAUGGAUUUGUGAGGACUGAUAGUAUCUAUGAUCUCGCCCUAAAACUAACUCCCAAAACCGGUGACAUCCAAAUAACCGUCCUCCUCUCCUCACUCGCCCAAACUCUCCCAGCAGGACUCGCAAUAGCCCGUGCAUUCCCCUUAUACUCUCGCAAAAACCUCGCCGACCCAAAACCGCCACGUACCGUGCACGUAAACUUUGUCAUCUGCAACAGCACAGACAGUGACAAGGAGAUUGACUACGCAUCAUUGCAACUGGCUGCAAACGGUGUCCGAUUCGCUGCUCGAUUGGGUGAUACACCCCCGUCUGAACUUCAUACAGAUGCAUAUGUGGAAGAGGUUAAGAGUGUUGCGAGGAAGCUGGAGCCUAAUGGUGUUGAGCUGACGCUCAUUAGAGGGGAUGAGUUGAGGGAUGCUGGACUUGGUGGGAUUUGGAAUGUUGGGAAGGGAGCAGAACAUCCACCAGCACUCGCCAUAUUGGGGUAUCGUCCAGCAGGUGCCAAAACGACACUCGCAAUGGUUGGAAAGGGAGUCACGUUUGAUACUGGUGGAUUGUCGUUGAAACCAACUGCGUCAAUGAUUUCCAUGAAGACUGACAUGUGUGGAUCUGCAGCUUGUCUAGCCGCAUUUGAAGCUAUUGUACUCAAGGGCGCAUUUAAAGAAAACCUUUACGCCGUACUUUGUAUUGUGGAGAACUCGGUUGAUGAGAGGUCGUACAGGAAUGAUGAUAUCUUGUACAUGUACAGUGGAAAGACUGUCGAGGUCAACAAUACCGAUGCGGAAGGUCGACUCAUUUUGGCUGAUGGAAUUGCAUAUGCUACAAAAAAUUUGAAUCCUGACCGUCUUGUUGAAUUGAGUACGCUAACUGGUGCUCAGUCUUAUGCUACUGGAACCCGUCACGCUGGUUGUUUAUCGAAUUCAGACUCUUUCGAAUCUGAAAUCGUAUCAGCGGGAAAACGAAGUGGUGAUUUAGUGUACCCAUUGCUUUACUGUCCAGAAUGGUUGGGACCUGCCAAACAGUUCCCUUCAGAUGUCGCUGAUAUGAAAAACUCGGUAAAAGACCGCGUAAACGCACCAUCAUCAUGUGCAGGUCAUUUCCUCGAAUCGCAUUUUGUAGGUGAUGACUGGAACGAAAAUCGCAAGGGAUGGGCGCAUUUAGAUAUUGCUUCGCCCAGCGCAAGUGGUGAACGAUGUACCGGGUAUGGUGUUGGAUUGUUGAUUGAGAUUGCGAAGGAUUUUUCAGCGUAG